AUGACCUGGGAGGAAGUGAGAGAGAAAAAACUUAGCGAGCAGCAGCGACUGCUUUGUCCGUACCAGAUUGCGAAUCUGCCCUCGCCGGAGGAAGUUAACGACGUGACUGGAUAUAUCGACACACUAUUUACAGAUGAGGAGAACAGAAUAGUGAGUUUGACCAUUGAGCCGCUGCAGAAAGAAUAUCUCUCUCGAUCUCUCACCGUCCUUCAAGUGACAUCUCUGUACUGCCGCCGAGCAGCUGCUGGCCAUGGACUCUCCAAUUUUAUUACGGAGGUGAGAUUUGAGCAGGCCUUGAAGGAAGCAGCCGAGCAGGACCAAUUUCUUGAGCAAAAAAAUAGACUGGUUGGUCCCCUACACGGGAUUGUUGUCUCUCUCAAGGACAACAUUAACGUGGAGGGACUUGCGACGUCGAUGGGGUUUGUGGGUCUGGCAGAGGAACUGGCGACCGAGGACUCUGCUAUUGUGAAACUGCUAAAACGACUGGGUGCAAUCAUUAUCUGCAAAACCAACACGUCCUCCGGGAUGAUGUACUCAGAGACGGUUAACACUCUGUGGGGGCGGACUUUGAACCCACACAACCGCCAAUUUCUCAACAACGGCGGCUCGUCAGGUGGCGAAGCUGCCAUAGGGGCCCUCAGAGGCUCUUGUUUUGGUAUCGGGUCGGAUAUCGGGGGUUCCGUGAGACAUCCCGCCGCUUUGAACGGCAUAUACUCGAUCAAGCCGUCGUCUGGAAGAAUCCCCUCCUACGGCACGGCAUCGGGCCAGCCCGGACAGGAAUCCAUCAAGUCUGUGUACGGCGUGAUGUCGUACUAUCUGGAAAACGUGGAGUACGUUCUGAAAGCCAUAAUUGCGUCCAAGCCGCACCUAGACAUUGACGUGGGCUGUUUACCCCUGAAUUACCGCUCUGUUGAGCUGCCUGGAAGUCUGAAGAUAGCCAUUCUCGACAACGACGGCACCUCGACGGCCACGGCGCCGCUCGUGAAUGCUAUGGCGAAGGUCCGCGGCGUCCUGGAGGCCGCAGGACACGAGGUGGUUGACUGGCCAAACCACUACCUGACGGACAUUAAGGAUGCCAUUUAUCCCUUCUUUGGCGCAAACGGCUACCGCAGCAUCCUGGAGCUGAUUGAAAAAUCCGGCGAGCCAGUGGACCCGCUGCUGUCGAAGUGGUUUCCGACGGCACGUGACAUGCCUGUGUCGGAGCUGUGGGAGUUGCAACGGAAGCGGACCGCCCUUAGCCAAAAGUACAUGGAGCUGUGGAACAAGCACGAGCUGGACGCCAUCAUCACGCCGGUGUCGCCGUUCCCGGCCUGUCUGAAGAACGGCGUGGUGACACUUCCGUUCACGGCCAUUUGGAAUGGUCUUGACUACUCCGGAACGACUUUCCCGGUCGGCAAGUGCGACGUCUCCAAGGACACGCCGUUUGCGAAAACAGAGUUCAUUUCGGAGGUAGACAGACACGUCCAUGAGACAUAUGCCGCCAACCUGGCCAAGUUUGACGGAGCUGCUGUGUCUCUACAGGUUAUUUGUCGCCGGCUCGAGGACGAAAAGGCCAUGGAGCUUACUAAGUAUAUAGCUUCUCUUAUCUAA